CUGUGGUCAUCGAGGACAGAUCACAGAUCGUCCACGACCGGAGUUAAGUGUCUAAAAAAAAAAACUCAUCUGAACUCAGAAAACCCUAAACACAGAUAAACCCCUUUUUCCCCAGAACUCAAAAAAAAAAAGAACAGAACAGAUCUUUCCAACAAUGGCGUCUCAUCUCUUUACCCGAUCCCGUUUCUCUCUCCUCAAAACCCUUAAACCCAAUCCUACUUCAACCAUCAGAGCCAUUUCCGGCACACCAUUCCUCUCUCAAGAUCCUCAGCUCGCAACCGAAACAACAACAACAGAUCACGAAACACCAAACCACCAAUCAAACUCAACACCUCUUCCACCUAACCCAGCAACGGGAAGCCCUCUUUACCAAGAGAAUUGGCGUAGCCCGAUCCCAAACACUCCUUCCUUCAACCAGUCUCUCGUUCCACUGGGAUUUCUAAACCAAGCCCCUGCUGCUCGAAUCAGAGCUCUCUCUGAGACGCUUGACAUGAACUCUCUUCUCAACAUGUUUGCUGAUUGGACUGCCUCGCAGCGUUGGUCUGACAUGAAACAGCUUUUUGAGUCUUGGGUUCGAUCGCUUGACAAGAAUGGGAAGCCGAACAAGCCUGAUGUUAACCUUUACAAUCAUUACCUUCGUGCUAAUUUGAUGAUGGGUGCUUCGGCUGCAGACAUGCUUGAUCUUGUUGCUCCUAUGGAAGAGUUCUCUGUUGCUCCCAAUACUGCUUCUUAUAAUCUUGUCUUGAAGGCUAUGUACCAGGCUAGAGAGACCGAUGCUGCCAUGAAACUACUUGAACGGAUGCUCCUGUUGGGGAAGGAGUCUCUUCCGGAUGAUGAAUCAUAUGAUUUGGUUAUUGGAAUGCAUUUUGGAUCUGGGAAGAAUGACGAAGCCAUGAAAAUUAUGGACUUAGCACUCAAAUCUGGUUAUAUGUUAUCCACCACAGUCUUUACUGAAUGUGUUCGUAGUUGUGUAGCCAGAGGUAGGACAGAUACACUGGUAUCCAUCAUCGAAAGGUGCAAGGCUGUUGAUCGGAACAAGUCCCUUUGCCCUAGCUGGAUACUGUGUAAUUAUAUUGCAGAAGUUGCAAUUCAAGAGGAUAAUAGCAAGUUAGCAUUUUAUGCGUUUGAGUUUAUGUUCAAGUGGAUCACUAGAGGCGAAAUGGCUAGGCCCUCGGUUAUUCUUUCUGUUGAUGAAGGGUUGGUAGUAGCUGGUCUUGCAACUGCUGCUAGGACUUGUAGUUCAUCUUUAGUGGAAGGAUCAUGGACGAUUCUGAAACAGAGUCUGCGUGGGAGGAAGGCAGCUAACCCUGCAUCUUACAUUGCAAAGAUAAAUGCCUAUGCAUCGUUGGGGAAUCUGCAAAAAGCUUUCACUACACUUCAUGAACUUGAAUCCGCUUAUGCAGACUCUGAAAAGGAAGUUGUGGAGGAAUUGCUUUCACCUUUUACAUCCUUAUACCCGCUGGUUGUCGCCUGCUCUAAGAAAGGUUUUGAGACUCUGGAUGAGGUAUACUUCCAGUUGGAAAGUUUGAGUAAAGGUGAAACUCCAUAUAAGUCUGUUGCUGCUCUAAACUGUAUAAUUCUUGGCUGCGCAAACACAUGGGAUCUGGAUCGUGCUUAUCAGACGUUUGAGGCAAUAAGUGCUUCCUUUGGACUGACUCCUAAUAUCGAUUCAUACAAUGCUUUACUAUAUGCAUUUGGAAAAGUCAAGAAGACUUUUGAGGCCACCAAUGUAUUCGAGCAUCUGGUUAGCAUAGGUGUUAAACCUGAUUCGCGGACGUAUUCGUUGCUGGUUGAUGCUCAUCUCAUUAACCGGGAUCCCAAAUCAGCUCUGACAGUCGUUGAUGACAUGAUCAAGGCUGGAUUUGAACCCUCCAGGGAGACAUUGAAAAAGCUCAGAAGACGAUGUGUGAGGGAAAUGGACCAUGAAAACAAUGAUCAAGUGGAGGAAUUGGCCAAGAGGUUUCAGAUCAGGAUGGGAACAGAGAACCGCAGGAACAUGCUGUUCAACAUUGACUACUCCAGGGGCCGAGCACUAAACAACUGAAAUCCACAAAAUGCAUCUCUCUAUAUAUAAUAAGAGUGUUUCUCUCUCUCAUAUCAGCAUUUUUAUACUUUUAUGGGAUCCUCAAAUUUGUUUAUUUAAACCAAAAUUUCCAUUAACUUGCAUGAUUUAAAUGAGGAUUCGCAUUUGUAUUACUUUACAUUUAGAGUUAAUGUUACUACUUACGGUCGAUGUUCACGUCA